GGGCCAAGUGCUGCUCUUCAGGCAGGUCUGAAGGUGAACUGCACCUCCCUCUUGAGCAGUCUUGAUCCCAGGAGUCAGGAGUGAACACAGCCGCCUGCCCGCUCUGGACACCAGGUCCUGGGAGCUUCCGGUUGGCAAGCGACAUCUCUGGGGUGUAACUGAGGCUGAUUUGAAACCAGAGGUAAACCGACAGUCACUGGCCCCACCAUGUCGCAAGUGAUGUCCAGCCCCCUGCUGGCAGGAGGCCAUGCAGUCAGCCUGACUCCCUGUGAAGAACCCAGGAGGGUCCUGCACCCAGCACCCAGCCCCAGCCUGCCACCCCAGUGUCCUUACUACACCACAGAAGGCUGGGGAGCCCAGGCCCUGAUGGCCCCUACACCCAACAAGGGGCCCCCCAGCAGGCUCCAGCAAGGCCCACAGACUGGGGCCAAAGCCAGCUGCCUCCUACAGUCCCCUGCUGAGCAGGCCUCAGGGGCCCUGGAGGACCUUGACUCCUACAUUGACUUCUCACUGGAGAGCCUCAACCAGAUGAUUCUGGAACUGGACCCCACCUUCCAGCUGCUCCCCCCAGGAGCUGGUACGCCCUGGGCCGAACCUACCCAGAGCAUUACCACAAAGAAAAAGAAAGACGAGCCUGAAGCCUUGGACAUAAAGUACAUCGAGGUGACCUCCACCAGAUCAAGGUGCCAUGAUGGCCCCCAGCGCUGCUCCAGCCCAUCUGUCACUCCACCCUUCGGCUCCCCACACAGUGGUGGUCUCCUCCUUUCCAGAGACAUCCCUCGAGAAACUCGAAGCAGCAGCGAGAGCCUCAUCUUCUCUGGGAGCCAGGGCAGGGGGCACCAGCGCCCCCCUCCCCACUGUGGGGCUCCCUCCUCUCAUUCCCCACCUUCUCCCAGCAUCUCCAUCCCCUGCGUGGGGAACAAGACGUCAGGCCCCCAUGGCUUGGGCUCUCCACUGGUGGCUUCUCCAGGCUUGGAGAAGGGGCUGGGGGGCCUGGCCCCACAGCGGGGCAGCAGGGUCUCUGUAUUGUCAGCCAGCCCAGCAUCCGACAUCAGCUAUGUGUUUGGAAGCAGCCAGUCCCUCCUCCACUCCAGCAUCUCCAGCCAUCAGUCAUCUUCUAGGUCCUUGGAAAGCCCAGCCAGCUCUUCCUCCAGUCUCCACAGCCUUGGCCAAAUGUCUCUUCGCCCAAAAGCCAGUGACUUCCAGGUCCCCAGCAACCCCACUGCAAGCAUGGGCCAGCCCAGAGCAACCCACUCCCCACCACUGGCCAAGGAGCAUGCCAGCAGCUGCCCGCCCUCCAUCACCAACUCCAUGGUGGACAUACCCAUCGUGCUGAUCAACGGCUGCCCAGAACCAGGGUCUCCUCCAUCCCAGCCGACCCCAGGACACCAGGACUUUGUCCGACCUGGGGCCACUUCUUCCGGCCACUCCUGUCCGGCCACCAGGAGCCACAGCCAGACCCUGCCAGAUGCCCCUCUUACCACAUCCUCGGAGGGUCCCCCCAGGGACAUGCAGCCCACGAUGAAGUUUGUGAUGGACACAUCUAAAUACUGGUUUAAGCCAAGCAUCACCCGGGAACAAGCAAUCGAGCUGCUGAGGAAGGAGGAGCCAGGGGCUUUCGUCGUGAGGGACAGUUCUUCCUACCGAGGUUCCUUCGGCCUUGCCUUGAAGGUGCAUGAGGCUCCUGCACCUGCCCAGAACCGAUCAGGUGAGGACAACAGUGACCUCAUCCGCCACUUCCUCAUUGAGUCUUCUGCCAAAGGGGUGCAUCUCAAAGGAGCAGAUGAGGAGCCUUACUUUGGGAGCCUCUCUGCCUUUGUGUGCCAGCACUCCAUCAUGGCCCUGGCCCUGCCCUGCAAACUCACCAUCCCGCAGAAAGAAUUGGGAGGUGGAGAAGCCUCAGACCCUGCUACAGGCAGCCGGGCCUCCUGCCUAAAGAAAUCCGCAGGCUGCCAUGCCCUGUACUUGACCUCCGUGAGUGUAGAGACCCUGAGCGGAGCCCUGGCCGUGCGGAAGGCCAUCUCAACCACCUUUGAGAGGGACGUCCUCCCCACACCAACCGUGGUCCACUUCAAAGUCACCGAGCAAGGCAUCACCCUGACGGAUGUCCAGAGGAAGGUGUUUUUCCGGCGCCAUUACCCCCUCACCACCAUCCGCUUCUGUGGCAUGGACCCCGAGCAACGGAAGUGGCAAAAAUAUUGCAAGCCCUCCUGGAUCUUUGGAUUUGUGGCCAAGAGCCAGACAGAGUCCCAGGAAAAUGUAUGCCACCUGUUCGCAGAGUAUGACACGGUCCAAUCGGCCUCCCAGGUCCUCAGCCUCGUGGGUACUCUGCUGCAGGACACAGAGAGGAUGUAGGGGGAGGGAGCUCCCUCUGCACCUUCCCAGACAUCCCAUCAUACACUGAUGAGCCAAUCUAUUGGACUGGAGGAGAGAGAUACCACACCUUGGUGAAAUCCUUGAAACCCUGUGACCUUCAUCAGUGACCUUCAGCCAGACCCCACUGUGUCUCAGUUUCCUCAACCAAAUAAGGAGGCCAUAGACAGGACCAGCUGUUCUCAGACUUUGGUGGGCAUCUUAACAAGUUCCCUGUGAUCCUGAAGCACACCCACACCUGAGGACCACAUGGAAACAACCUCUGAGGACCCCGGACUCCAUCAACGUGGAUACUACCAACACAGCAGCUUGAGUUAGAGACGUGUGACCCUCUGUCGUGGCAAACAGCAGGUGCUGGGUCAGGACCCAUGCUACCCUAGCUCAAGGCUGACCUGGGAAAGAUGGUCUGCAAGAAUUGACCAAAGGAGGAAUGGACUGACUCUAUUUCCCUCCAUAUCCGUUUCUUCCCCCACCCCACCCCCCUGCCACUUCUGCAAUUGCUUCUUGGGCAGCUGUUCCCAGGACAAAGCAGGAUCUGCCUGCCCUGGAUUCUUUAGGCCAAUGUGGCCAUGAUUGUCAGGGCAGCUUAGCAAGGGGAAACUUGGCCCUAUGGUCAGAGACCACCCAGCUGUCCUCACAUUCCCGAUGUCUAAUCCCCGCACUGCAAAUGAGUAUCAGCCCCAUCUUUUCUUUCAAUUUUUUUGUUAGCAAGUGUCCUCCAGCUGGUGUCACAACUGCCCUAAUGCUCCUUAUGCAACCCACAGGAAGGAGGUGGGGGCCGGGAGACCCGACACAAGGGUCAGCUUUCUCUGGUUCUGCCUCAGCCCCAGUCUUGUUGAGAGUCUCCUGGUCCCCAAAACACACUCAUAGAGAAACGCCGACAAGUGUGCACAGCAGUAGGGCAUCAACUGGCCUUCCAGCCACACGGGAGCAGCAGAGAGUCAUGAAUGCAAACAGCCAGCCAACUCCAGAGGCCUGGAGAAGCUGGGCGGUCUUUCUCCCACCCCACUUCCAUCAAGACUCCCAAGAAGCUGGAAUAGUUUGUCUAACAGGCCUGGGGUCCUAAGAAAACCACAACAUGAGGAUGGAAGAGGCUCGGAGAAGAAGCCCACUUUUGUUCUACCAGGAGCAAGUGCCUGCCUCCUCCCAGCUGUGGGCCCUGCCACCGCAUCAUUAUCAUUAUCUUUGGCCAAAGCUGAGCCUGACAGAUUAUGGUUUCAACCCAGGCAGCCAAACUGGACUGAAGCUGCCCUGGGCUGGAGGGACUGGCUGAGAGCAGCCCACCCAGCCUGUGCUCAGGCACUGCCCCAUCCCUGGAGAGUACAGAACACUGGACAAGGUUCUCGAGGUCACAGUGGCCAAGUUCUCAAGGUUAUAUUCAGGCGGCUGGCAGAGACCCCUUUUACCCAUGGGUGCCUGUGUAGUUCCCAUGGAAAAUAAAAUUUCUGUCUUGGCAUAA